UACCCGAAUCCCUUCUCAUUUUGCCUACAUUGGUUUUGUUUUUGGGGAAAAACUAUUUUGUCAUAAGUUAACAACAGUGUCCAUUUUUAUCUUGCUCUCCUAUCUUUCCCUCAUGUGAUCAUAAACUGUCCCCUUGUCCAUUACCAUGAAAGAUACAAUUUUCCUCAUCACUCUCAUUUGUUUUAUAUCACCUUUUGUAUCUAACUCAUGUACCCAUUUGGAGUUUACUUUGUCAUGUCAUACAAGACAUUGGGCCAUCCCUAAUUUCUGCCAGACUAAUUUGCAUUAUUCCCAGCAAUUUUUGUCAAGUAAUCAGUUCUUAACUUUGAAACUGGAUUCAACCUCCUAAUUUUACUUGUGAGAAAACUAAGGCAAAAACAUAGGACGUGGCAGGGCCAUGAUUUCAACCCAGGUAUUCUGACUACAAAGGCACAAUUUUAAUACUUCCAGAAAUGGUGUGUAUGGCUAGAGAUGUGUUCAGGUUUUCAUUAGUGGGUUCAUUCUGCUGAGUUUCCAACUGAGGAAGGACUAGAACAGUGCCCCCUGGAGUCAUGAUGAUGAUAAUGGUCAUCAUAACUGACAUUUAGAUAGAACUUGAAGGUUUACAAAGCAUUUCCUCUCAUUUGAAUAACAUUUGUAAGGCUCAGACAAUGUGAUAUCUUUCCUUCUGUACAGCAGCAGGGAGCUCCUACUCCAAGACAUUCACCCUCAACUUUACCAUCACCAACAUGUUUUAUACACCAGACAUGGGUGAAAGGGGCUCCAACACAUUUAAGGCUGCUGAGAAUGUCCUGCAAGUUCUGCUGAAGUUCUUAUUUGGAAUGAGCAACCUUGGCUCUCACUAUUCUGCAUGCAGUGUGAACUUGCUGAGGUCUCUGAAGAAUGGGACAGCAACAGGAGUGGAUGUCCUGUGUACUUUUCAGGAAGAUUCCUCCAACCCUGUCCUGAACAAAGAGAAGGUUUACUGGGAGCUAACUGAACAGAUUCAAAGAAGAAGGCUAAAACAUGUGCUUAUAGAGAGGGACAGCCUCUUUGUGGAUGGGUAUCAUCAUAAGCAACCAGGCAUCAUAUCCACAAAGAAGAGUGAGAUUGCUGUAGGACCUGUCACCCAUAUCCCAGACCAUGGAGCACCAGGAGACAUGACAUCAGUGACUAGCAGCCUCUAUGAAUCCACAGUAGGUGCCAUUGCAGCAGGGAGCUCCUACUCCAAGACAUUCACCCUCAACUUUACCAUCACCAACAUGUUUUAUACACCAGACAUGGGUGAAAGGGGCUCCAACACAUUUAAGGCUGCUGAGAAUGUCCUGCAAGUUCUGCUGAAGUUCUUAUUUGGAAUGAGCAACCUUGGCUCUCACUAUUCUGCAUGCAGUGUGAACUUGCUGAGGUCUCUGAAGAAUGGGACAGCAACAGGAGUGGGUGUCCUGUGUACUUUUCAGGAAGAUUCCUCCAACCCUGUCCUGAACAAAGAGAAGGUUUACUGGGAGCUAACUGAACAGAUUCAAAGAAGAAGGCUAAAACAUGUGCUUAUAGAGAGGGACAGCCUCUUUUUGGAUGGGUAUCACCAUAAGCAACCAGGCAUCAGAUCCACAAAGAAGAGUGAGAUUGCUGUAGGACCCGUCACCCUUAUCCCAGACUAUGGAGCACCAGGAGAUAUGACAUCAGUGACUAGUGGCCUCCUGACCUAUGAAUCCACAGUAGGUGCCAUUGACCUCUGAAGAAUCUGACAGUGACUGAAGUAGGUGUCAUCUGCCUCUAUCAGAGUGAUUCCACUGGUCCCUUCCUGGAUAGAGAGAGGGUUUACUGGGAAUUCAGCAAUCAGACUGGGGGCAUCACUAGACUGGGGCCCUAUACCCUCGACAGCAACAGUCUCUAACUCAAUGGUGAGUAAGCCCACUCAGGACAUGACUCUUGAAUCUUCUCCUUGAUUUUGUCCCUGUUUGGAAAAUAGACAUUCUGCCCAAAUUCUUACUCCAUUUUCCUCUGCCCACUGUAAGGUAAGCACAGCAGAGAAGCAGGGGACCCAAAGAAACCAGGUGAAUCAAUUAAAUCAGAACCCUCUCUGUCUCUGACUGUCUGUUUGUCUUCUCAUUUCUUGCUUUCUCUAGGUUAUAACCAUCACUUACAAUCUUCCACCUCUAGUAAGUAUUCAUCAACUUCAUGUCUCUAUCUAUCUUCCUGUGACCUGGAAGAAGAAACAAUUGAUAAUCCUACCAAUCCUAUUUACUCUGUUUUUUUUUUGAAAGGGAAGGGAUAGAAGGACCCAAGGGAUGGCCUGUGGUCCCUCAGAAUUUUAAUCCUCACAUUCCAUGGACUACUUAUUUACCAAGCCCAGCAAGAAUCCUUUUCCCCAUAUUCCAUAUUCAAACAUAAUUUUUCUGUGACAUUCAAAUAGCUUUUCCAAGGUUUUCAUUCAAAAACCAGUUUGGCAAGGGAAGCCAGCUCGUCAUGGAUUUUAAAGGUCAGGCUAAGGAAUUUUCAUUUAUUACCAGAGGGGAGAGAAAGCUACUAACAACCAAAAAUCCCCUUUCCUUUCUGUCUUGGAAUGACUACUAAAUAUUGGUUGCAAAUCAGAAGAUUUUGGUAAGGACUCUGCAACUGGAGUUAAGUGACUUGCCCAGGGUCACAUAGCUGACACAGAAUCCUGGUGUAGGACUCUUUAGAAGAAGUGAUUGAAAAGUUGUAUUAUGUGUUGAAAAGAUAAUUUAAAGGUAAAUAGUUGCAGUGUAGAUCUCAUUCACUGUUAAGCUUUCAGAGGCAGCAUGGUAUAGUGGGUUAGAGAACAGGACUCAAGGGUCAAGAGACCAUAGGUAGCUUUGGAAAGCCAGGUCCAGAGAUGGGAGGUUCAAAUCUGGCCCUCAACUUCCCAGCUGUAUGACCCUGGGCAAGUCACUUCACCCCAGUUUCUUAGCCCUUGUCUCUAUUCUACCUUGGAAGUAGUCCUUAGUAGCAAUUCUAAGAGAGAAGAAAAGGGCUUUUGAAAAAAGAGACAUGAAGAGCAGGGUUUGAUUCCCACCUGGGUGACCUACUGGUUAUAUGAUCCUGGGCAAAUCAUUUCAUAAUCCCCAGUAAUGGUAGUGUGAGGCUAUACGUUUCAAAGAAGAUGCUGCUCUGUAUUAUUCAAGACAAAUCUGCCCCCUCCUCUGCUCCAGCUCCUGAAAUCAAUAAAAUGGCAGGUCUGGCCUCCCACUUUUUUGACAAUAAGCUAGAACUCUACUAAGAAAUGGAUGACUUUGCAGAGCAUUCAUGGUGCCUUCUCACUGCAGCUGUCUUUGGCAUGCCUACGUUUGCUAGAUCCUUCACAGUUACCUCCAAUGUGUCCUUUCCCAGGCCCAUACAGAAUGGGACAGCAACCAAAUUCCUGUGUGGCCACUGGAAAACUCCCACCACCCCUAGCCUGGACAGGAAGAAGAUUUAUCGGGAGCUGAGCAAUCAGACCCAAGGUAUCACCAGGCUGGGUGCCUAUACCCUGGACAAUAAGAGCCUCUAUCUCCAUGCACCAGACCCAGCAGUAGCACCUGGUUGUCCCCUGUGGGCCACAGAGCCUGGAGGCUCCCAAGCUGCCAGCUUAAGCUUCCAGUCUUUCACCACCAUUCCCGAGGUGCUGUACACAGAAGAUAUACAUCUUUCUGGAUCUGACAAGUUCAACUUCACCAAAAGAACCCUGCAGCAACCUUUGAAGAAUGGCUCAGCAAGUGGAGUGAGUUGCCUGUGCACACACAAAAGAAACCACAGAAGCUCAUUCAGAGACCAAGAGAAGGUUUACUGGGAAGCGAAAAGAUCAUUUCACUAAGCUGGGCUUUUCCUCCUCCCUUGAAAGAGCCAGUCUACUCAAUGAUGAGGAGCACAACAGAGUCCCUAGCCUUUUCCUCUAUCCCCAUGCUACUUUCCCCUCCUCCUGCUAAAUUUCCAUUCUGAUUCUGACCUUAAUGUUCUCUCAAAGAAUCAUUAUUUCUCAAUACCCUUUUAUUACACCAAACACAGAAAAUAAACCCUGCCCCUAUCUA